UAGCAGUAGUUUGUGUUGCAAUGUAUGCUGAAGAGUUAAACGGAAGUGGUUAACGACUUUACAAAUGAUUCUGAAUUUUUCAACGAAAGUGUUCAUAGCGUGUGUUGAUGGUAACAGUCUUUCGAUGGUAGUUUGAUAAGAGUGGUGCAAAUACCAAAUCAUGUCGCUUCUGCUGACAGCGAGUCAGCGACUUUUUUGCCAGCGUCGCAACAUUAAAACAAUAACCAUCGUCAGAAGUGCUGCUCUGGAUAGUGCAGUUUCUACAUUCAGGUCAAUAUGCGGAGAGGAUGGGGUAUCACUGGCAGCUGCCAUCAGAGAGCAACACGGCAAAGAUGAAUCUGUACACAGAUGCCAGCCACCAGAUGUGGUGGUUUUUCCACGUUGUGUGGAGGAGGUCAGUGCCCUGGCAAAGGUCUGCCAUGACAAACACAUUCCCAUGAUCCCCUUUGGUACUGGAACUGGCCUGGAGGGAGGAGUAGGAGCAGUAAAGGGUGGUGUGUGCUUCAGCCUGAGGAAUAUGAACCAGAUUUUGGAUCUCCACCAGGAUGAUUUUGACGUGACCGUAGAGCCUGGUGUGACCCGAAAAGCCCUCAAUUCCUACCUGCGAGACACUGGACUGUGGUUUCCUGUUGAUCCUGGAGCUGAUGCUUCACUGUGUGGAAUGGCAGCCUCUAGUGCAUCUGGUACCAAUGCAGUGCGAUAUGGAACCAUGAAAGAAAAUGUUAUAAACAUGGAGGUUGUACUUGCUGAUGGGACUGUUAUUCACACAGCUGGCAAGGGAAGACGUCCCAGAAAGACUUCAGCAGGCUACAACUUGACAAACCUGUUUGUUGGAUCAGAGGGCACUCUGGGAAUUAUCACUAAGGCAACACUGCGCCUCUAUGGUAUUCCGGAAGCCAUGGUGUCAGCAGUCUGCUCAUUUCCUUCUGAACAGGCUGCUGUGGAUAGCACUGUGCAGAUUCUACAAUCUGGGGUAGCCAUCGCUCGCAUUGAGUUUCUAGAUAAUGUGAUGAUCAAUGCAUGCAACAAGUUCAGCUCUCUUUCGUAUCCCGUUACCCCAACUCUUUUCCUGGAGUUCCAUGGUUCUGAACAGAGUCUUGCAGAACAAGUCAACACAACUGAGGAAAUCACACAGAUGAAUGGUGGCUCUGAUUUUCAGUGGGCUAGAGAUGCAGAAACACGAAACAGGUUAUGGAAAGCUCGCCAUGACGCCUGGUAUGCUGCUCAGGCACUGAGACCUGGUUGCAAAGCCUACUCUACAGAUGUCUGCGUUCCUCUUUCCCAACUGCCUCAUAUCAUUGUGGAGACGAAGGCGGACCUGAUCCAGAACAAACUUACAGGUCCCAUCGCGGGUCAUGUGGGUGACGGUAACUUUCACUGUCUGAUGGUAGUUGAUCCUAACGACCCAGAAGAAUUGCACAGGGUCCAUCUGUUCACUGAGAGACUCGCAAGACGGGCCCUUGCUAUGAAUGGUACAUGCACAGGAGAGCACGGAGUGGGUCUGGGGAAACGAGCACUGCUAUAUGAAGAAAUGGGAUCCAUGACUAUGCAGGUCAUGCAGGUCAUCAAGGAUGCCCUUGACCCAAACAACUUAAUGAAUCCAGGGAAGGUUUUGCUCCCAAGAGUACCUUGAAGUCUACAGUGACACAAAUAACCAAAUCGUGUAGAACACCUAUGUACACCCCCCCAUAUGUAUCGGCACUGUUAGGGCACUAGCGAAGGUCAUGAACAUGUACUAGAAAACAGAUGCUACAAUAGAAGAUUCCAAUCACCCGUAAAUAUCAUAUCAUUUGAAGUGUGCCCAUCCUUAAAUAAAGUAUUACUUGCAGUGAAGACCUCUGGAUGUAAACUGAAGUGACUCUAUCUGGCUAUACUGUCCACCUGUAGGCCUACCACGACCAUAUAAAGAAGCCUGCUCGCUCACCUAAAAACAAUACUUUUCUAUCCCUGCAAAGCAACGCAAGGAACGUCUUCUCCACCAUUAACCAACUAUUCUGCCACCAAUGAUUUCAUCAGGUGCAAGAAAAGUAAGUUUGUAGACUGGCCAAGUUAAUCUCUUUCUCUCACUCUCUCUCAGACUUAAACCCUAUAGAUCAGGGGUCGGCAACUAAGUUAGGCCUCGGGCCACAUUUUUUCCAUUUCAAUUGCGGAGCAUAAAUUACAUUUUCAUCAGGCAAACCCUGCUUUUCGUACCAAAAAAAACAAAAACGUAUUUUCUUAUAUAUACUAUCAUGGUGGUGGGUUUUCUCCAGGUACUCUGGUUUCUUCCCACAGCCCAAAAACAUGGAUGGUAGGUUAAUUGAAGACUCCAAAUAAAAAGUUCAACUUUUGGUCACCUAAAUACGUGAUCUUUUAUUACUAAUAAUGCCAUCUUCUAAAUUGUAUAUCUGUUCCUGAUGCAAAUACCUAAAAAUCAAAGCCAAACUGUUAAAUCUCUCGUCUCAUAUUCAUCAGUAGAUCUCAAACCCUAAUGUUUUGAUCAAAAAUAUAGGAAUUGGUCUCACUGUUCCACAUUGGUUGGGUGGCGGCGUAUUCUUUGCUAAAACAGAUGUUGAAUACAGGCAAGGAUGAAAUGAAAGUGUAAACCAACUACCGGUAUUGUUGUGGUCACUCUAUUCAUUGAUAAUCAAAAAAUACUUUACGUAAAAAAAGAAAAACAUGUUUUUAUAGGCUUUCUGACCACACAAAUGCUUAAGGUAUCUUUGAUCAACGGUCAGAUCACUUCAUAUUGUAUGUUCAUUUUAGUGGUUUGACCAACCAUCAUUUUCAUUCAAUCCUCCAAGCUUCUCUUUGUUCAUGCUGUGCACAUUUCCAUGUGAUGUUUGUUUUUCGUUUGAUUUUUGAAAAGAAUUCAUUUUAAUAAAAUUUUUAAAUUUGUGAGCAAUUGAACACACCGCAGAGGCCGAGUUGCCUUUGAAGAUAUAAUUUAAUGUGGCGCUGUCUUUUUCCACUUUGACACACAAGACACAUCUGGUUUUGUUGUCAUCAUUGCAGCCAAUCUUCUUUUUCUAUUGGAUUUAGAACAAUCUGAUCUGUUGUAUCUCAUUUUUGGGACAAUUGCACUUUUGCUUUUUAGUGUUUGCUUCUGCUUUUAAAGCAAUGAGAAAACGAUAAAUGUGUGUUAAGCAACUGCACAAAGUUUUGGAAUUUAGUUCAAACGCAUUUAUAUGUAUUCCCCUGUAGCAAAUGAAUAAAUAAAUACUAAUUUGUACCUGUA